AUGAGGCAGGGAAGAAGCUGGCUUCCUGAUUCCCCAGGCCGUACUGCAGGCCCCAGCAUGGCACCGUUCCUGCGUAUCGCCUUCACCUCCUAUGAGCUCGGCUCCCUGCAGGCUGCGGACGAGGCCAGCCAGCCCUUCUGUGCCGUGAAGAUGAAGGAGGCACUUAGCACAGAGCGCGGGAAGACACUGGUGCAGAAGAAGCCCACCAUGUACCCCGAGUGGAAGUCCACAUUCGAUGCCCACAUCUACGAGGGCCGCGUCAUCCAGAUUGUGCUGAUGCGAGCAGCUGAAGAGCCGAUGUCUGAGGUGACAGUGGGUGUGUCGGUACUGGCUGAGCGCUGCAAGAAGAACAACGGCAAGGCCGAGUUCUGGCUGGACCUGCAACCCCAGGCCAAGGUGUUGAUGUCUGUGCAGUAUUUCCUGGAAGACAUAGAUUGCAAACAGUCUAUGCGGGGUGAAGACGAGGCCAAGUUCCCAACAAUGAACCGCCGUGGAGCCAUCAAGCAGGCCAAGAUCCACUACAUCAAGAACCAUGAGUUUAUUGCCACCUUCUUCAGACAGCCCACCUUCUGUUCUGUAUGCAAAGACUUUGUUUGGGGUCUCAACAAGCAAGGCUACAAAUGCAGGCACUGUGGCAUGAAUGUGCACCAUAAGUGCCAGAAGAAGGUGGCCAACCUCUGUGGCAUUAACCAGAAGCUCUUGGCUGAGGCGUUGAACCAAGUGAGCCAGAGACCCUUCCGGAAGUCAGAAACAGAGCCUGUUGGGAUCUACCAGAAUUUUGAGAAGAAGCCAGAAAUCUCUGGAGAAAUUGUCCCAGACAAUGGGACCUACGGCAAGAUCUGGGAGGGCAGCACCAGGUGCAACAUUGAGAACUUCACCUUCCACAAGGUCCUGGGCAAAGGCAGCUUUGGGAAGGUGCUGCUUGCAGAGCUGAAGGGCAGGAAGGAGUUCUUUGCGGUCAAGGCCCUCAAGAAGGACGUGGUUCUGAUCGAUGAUGAUGUGGAGUGCACCAUGGUGGAGAAGCGGGUGCUGGCACUCGCCUGGGAGAAUCCCUUUCUCACCCACCUCUUCUGUACAUUCCAGACCAAGGACCACUUGUUCUUCGUGAUGGAGUUCCUCAACGGGGGGGACCUGAUGUACCACAUCCAGGACAAAGGCCGCUUCGAGCUCUACCGUGCUACGUUUUAUGCAGCCGAGAUCGUCUGUGGACUACAGUUUCUACACAACAAAGGGAUCAUUUACAGGGACCUCAAGCUGGACAACGUGAUGCUGGACCAGGAUGGCCACAUCAAGAUCGCCGACUUUGGGAUGUGCAAGGAGAACAUCUUCGGGGAGAAACAGGCCAGCACCUUCUGUGGCACCCCUGACUAUAUCGCCCCCGAAAUCCUGCAGGGCCUGAAGUACUCAUUCUCCGUGGAUUGGUGGUCCUUUGGAGUCCUUCUCUAUGAGAUGCUCAUUGGUCAGUCCCCCUUCCAUGGUGACGAUGAGGACGAACUGUUUGAGUCCAUCCGUGUGGACACACCACAUUAUCCCCGCUGGAUCACCAAGGAGUCCAAGGAUAUUCUGGAGAAGCUGCUUGAAAGGGAUACAACCAAGAGGCUGGGAGUGACAGGGAACAUCAAAAUCCACCCCUUCUUCAAGACCAUCAACUGGACUCUUCUGGAGAAACGAGCCGUGGAACCGCCCUUCAAGCCCAAAGUGAAGUCCCCUGGAGACUACAGCAACUUUGACCAGGAGUUCCUGAACGAGAAGGCACGCCUCUCCUACACCGACAAGAACCUCAUCGACUCCAUGGACCAAACUGCAUUUGCUGGCUUCUCCUUCGUGAACCCCAAAUUUGAGAGACUCCUGGAAAAGUGAGACUUCCAGACAUGCUCCCCCAACCCUCCCCAGCUGAGGAGCCUGCGUCAGCCAGCAUGGCCUGCCCAUCCAGCCCGAGGCAGAGCAGACUGGGCGUCCCCCUUCAUCGGUACCUGCCCCCCCCCAACAAUGAGCAACAGUGUGAUUGUCUGAUUUCUGCUGCUGCCACCCCCUUACCUCCAGGAGGGGCCUCAGCUCCUGUCUGGCUGGGCUCUUAUGGUACUUCUGUGAACUAUGUGUGAAUUUGCUUUUCCUCUGCCAUCAGAGGGAAAUUGUAAAUCCUGUGUUUCAUUACUUGAAUGUAGUUAUCUAUUGAAAAAAUAUAUUAUACACACACACACAUAUAUAUAUAUAUAAUAGGCUGUAUAUAUUGCUCAGUAUAGAAGAAACAUAUGAGGGACUGGUGAUCUAUUGAUUUUUUAAAAUAUAUAUGUAUAUAUAUACACAUAUAUACACAGAUACAUGUAUGUGACCACAAAAAACAAAAAAGAGCACAAGCUGUUUGAACCACCAGGUUCUUUUAUCU